AUGUCUCAUGGGCGUGGAAAUUUACUAGAGGCAACGGCGGAUGAAUUUUUGCGCAGCAUUUCUGUUGAACCGGACUGUCAAAUUAAGGCUUACCCGAACGGGGCCGAAGCAGGCAUCGCGCAAAAAUUGCCUUUUGAUGCCCGCAUCGUGGAGGUGGAUGGGCAGGCCGUCACGGACAGGGGUGAACUGCGCGAGAUCCUGCUCUCUGGGGAUGCAUCCCGGCAAGUGUCUGUGGUAUAUGAAAAGACCAAUGAGCCCUCGGAGCGGGUGAAAAUCGAAGAAAGCGUGAGGUGUGACGGUUGUGUUAGCGGAGUUGCCCAACAGCCGUUACUGGAGACUGUUUUGAACAAAAUAGCUGACGAGGAUUUGUCUCUACCGGUUUCCCAAGAGACCCCGGUACAAUCAUCUUUGUCAAAACUGUCGUCCCAGACGGCAUUCUUGUUGGACACUGGGUCUUGUGCCAGUCAGUCUGCGGCAAUGAAAGAUGGGGAGGAGGAUAAAACUUCGGUUGCCUCCAGCGACCUCACGGCGGAGACCACGGGGAGUGCUCCAUGCCACAGCAUGGGUGCAGGUUAUUUAAACAAAGUAAAUAGCGUUCCUGAGCUGUUGGAAUUUGAAAAAAUAGAUACACCUGCACGCACUGAAGAUUCAUUUCAUGUAAACUUGAGACGGCCAUCGGAAAAUUCAAUGCGGCGGCGCCUCAUGCGGGCCGUGGAAAUGGUGGCUGUCGGUCGGUGUAUUGUUUGUGUCUGCUAUGACGUAAAUCCAAUUGCCGAGAUUGAGCUUGUGGCCAAAACGCUGAAUAUGCACAUCGUCACAAUUGACCUCGGAGUGAAGUUACGCCUAAGGCCGAAGGCAGAGGUGUUUGUCGAGCAAUUCAAAGCGGCCAUGUAUGACGGAGCCUGGUUUGUUCUUGUAAAUGCGCACAAGUCCAUUGCCUCCUGCCGCAUUCUUGAGGAGCUCCUGAAGGAGUCAGAGAGUCGUAACUUUCAAGGGUUCAGUUCCAACGCUAGGGUUAUCAUCUGCCUGGAACCGCAUCCACACUUUCCGCGCUUUCUUCUUAAGGAGGCGGAGAUUACGAGAAUUCAAAGUUGCUUAUCGGCGUCAGUGUCAGAAUUGUCGAUGGCAACAUCGAUGUCAUGCAAUCGACUUGUAACCGCGGAGUCAUGGUACUCACGACGGACUUCUGGAUGGGGUGUCCCAACAACCUCUGACACAGUAGUGGGAACCACUGGGGACAAACCUCGUGUACGCAUUAACGCUUCCGUAGAUGUGGUGGACAUUGCUCCGCGUGAGGUGGUGUCCGCGCCUCGAGAGCGCCCACUCAAUAUCCAUGGUGCCGUUGUCCUUCGUUCCGCCUUUACUGGUGUCCCGGGCGAUAAGUUUCUUUGCGUGGUGUCUGACGCUGUGGAAGGACGCUUUGCAGUGGGUUCGUCCAUGGGCAAUGUGUACUUUGUGGAUGAACUUGGAAAUUCUCUAAUGCAAGCACACACCCACGAAGCCGCCAUCUGGGACAUCAGCUUUAAGGAGAGGUACCAAUUUGCCACGGGCUGUGAGGAUGGCAAUGCAGUUGAAUGGUCCUUUGAGAUGGGAGGCAUCGACGGGGCGGCACUAUCGCCAACGUCAUCUACAUCUUUGGGGAACGACGUGUAUUGCGUAUCGUACGUGCAUGGGCAAACGGUUCCACCACUUCUUAUUGGUGGACUGAGCCGCAGUAUUGUUCUUUGCAGUAACGACAGGCCGGUGCAGCAUCUGACUAUCUCGUCCAAUGCGCAGGUGAUGGACUGCAUUCCUACGGGAUCUGUUGUAUUAGUGGGAGGCAGCGACGGGUCUAUAACGGUUGUGGACGUCGCCUCAAACUCCAUUCUGACUUCCUUUAAAGGACACUCACGUAAACUGCCAGCACUGACAGUUCGAGACAACAACCAAUUCUUUACCGGGUCCUUUGACAGCACCAUUCUUUCCUGGGACUACCGCGUCCCUUAUCGCCCCACGGGAAAGCCCAUCAUUGAUGGGUUGCCAUCUGCAAACUUUACACACACGCUGCAACUAAAAGAUUAUGUGACGGGUCUUCAUGUAGAUGAUGUACAUUUGGCAGCGAGUGUUGGCGAGAAUUUGUACCUGUGGGACGUACGCAAACUAACGGAGGUAUUGGGAGGGUUUCCACAGGCCUGGAAGGGCCUUUCGCGUGGUGUGUGGGUAAGCAGCAUUUCCCGUUGCGUUGUAACCGCAUCACAGGAUGGAUACGUACGUUUUUGGACCUUUGUGUAG